AGCAGCCAUGGCGUACUCCACAGUGCAGAGAGUGGCCCUGGCCUCGGGGCUCAUCCUGGCUGUGUCUCUGCUGCUGCCCAAGGCCUUCCUGUCUCGCGGAAAGCGGCAGGAGCCGCCGCCAGCUCCCGAAGGAAAAUUGGGCCGAUUUCCACCUGUAAUGCAUCAUCACCCUGYACCCUCAGAUGGCCCAACCCCUGGGGCUCGUUUCCAGAGGUCUCACCUUGCAGAGGCAUUUGCAAAAGCCAAAGGAUCAAGUGGAGGUACUGGAGGAAGUAGUGGAAGAGGCCUGAUGGGGCAGAUUAUUCCAAUCUAUGGCUUUGGGAUUUUUUUAUAUAUACUGUACAUUCUAUUUAAGCUCUCAAAGGGGAAAACUGCAGAGGAUCGGAAAUGCUCUAGUGUCACACCUGGAAACACCCACAGGAAAAUUACUAAUUUUGAGCUUGUACAACUUCAAGAAAAACUGAAGGAGACAGAGGAAGCCAUGGAAAAAUUAAUCAACAGAGUGGGACCUAAUGGGGAGAGAGUACAGUCUGUGACUUCUGACCAAGAGAAACGAUUGCUGCAUCAGCUCCGAGAAAUUACCAGGGUCAUGAAAGAAGGAAAGUUUAUUGACAGACCCACUCCAGAGAAAGAAGCUGAGGAAGCCCCUUACAUGGAGGACUGGGAAGGUUACCCAGAAGAAACUUAUCCAAUUUAUGACCUUUCAGACUGUAUCAAACGUAGACAAGAAACAAUCCUGGUGGAUUACCCUGAUCCAAAAGAGCCCUCUGCUGAAGAAAUAGCUGAAAGAAUGGAAGUGAUGGAAGAGGAAGAAUCAGACCACUUGGGUUGGGAAGGUCUGCCCACUGACCCAAGAGCCCAGGAGGAUAAUUCUGUUAUCUUGUGUGACCCAAAGCCAGAAACAUGCUCCUGCUGUUUUCAUGAAGAAGAUCCUGCUGUCUUGGCAGAGAAUGCUGGAUUCAGUGCAGAUAGCUACAGUGAGCAAGAGGAAGCCUCCAAAGAGGACUCUCCUGAAGACUUUAGAGAUGAAGGGUUGGGCAUCGAUGCUGAUAAAACAUUUACAAGUGGCGUGUUGAGGAAACGUAACCCCCAGGGUUUAGAGUGAAAGCAGCCAGUUUGGUGAAGUAUCCAUUACUUUAGUCCCAAGGUGACCUUUCUCUUCUCUCUGAUUUCAUCCUUGG